AUGGCCGCGGCGCCGCCGGGUCAGGAGCUGUGCCCGCACUGCCACAGGCCCUUCAAGCGGCUCCGCACCCACCUGCCGCACUGUAAGGCCGCGCCGAGACCAGCCUCCGCCAGUGCGCCGGGGCCGAGGUCAAGCCCAGGUGUAGCGCAAGGCCCGGCCGCCACCAGCGCUCCGGGGUCAAGUUCUAGCCUAGGCCAAAGCACCAACCCGGGAGCCGCUGCCGGCUCGGAGGCAGGCAGCAGGCCGCGGGCAGGAGCGGCCGGUAAAAGCAGCAAGCAGCCGCCCAGCUCCAUCGUGGAACAGGGGCUGCGCAGUGCGGCCUCCAAGAAGACGGCAGCAGAAGGAUGCGCGGAGCCAGCUGCGGCGGUCCGGGAGCGGAAGAAAGCUGCCAGCGAGGAAGGCGGAGCGUCCAGCCCCGGGCUUCGCCGCCAGCCCGACGGACGCCGCGCAGAGCGGAAGGUGGAGCCCGCGGUGCAGGACGUAGCGAAGUCGCUGGAUUUGCUCCCUGAGGAGGUGAAGGAUGUACCCGAAAACCUGAGUGAUGGAGUGGAAAUAGUAAUAGAGAAGCACCGCGCCAGGGUGAUCAGGAAGAAGAGCGGCUCCAAGAGCAGGGGCGCUUCCGCAGAAAGCCCCAGCUCACACGGCUCGCCUGUGGAAAGGCCGGAUCCAGGCGGUGCAGUUAGCCGUCCUGACGCAUCUCUGCCUGGCCUGCGGGAGGGAAGAGCUGUUGGAGAAACCCCAAACACAGAGACACGUGGCCUUGGAGCUGCGGAGAACGCGGCUGCGAGCUCAAAGGGAGAAAAGGGCACUAGCUUAAAGGCAACAAAAACACCCUUGCUUCGAGAUGCCCCUGAAGCUGACUGCAGAAGUAACCCCGGUGACCUCCUUCAGCAGGAGGCAAUAGACAAAACCAUGACAGAAGAGAAACAGAUGUACGUAGAAGUUGGUGUGGAAUAUAAAGCCCCUCUUUCUGCUUUGCAUACCAAGGACCUCCAUCUGUCAGUGAGAGGAGAUUUCAGAGGUCACGAGGAAGGGGCAUCCAAAAAUUACCUAACGAGCAUACAAAAGCUUCCAGAGAGUGAGAAGCAGAUGGCUGCCGUUUCCCAGCCCCUCCUGAAUGUGAGGACGGACCCUGAGCUGGCACUGCACCAGUCCUUGCUCCACACCUCCCAGAGCCAGCCCAUCUGUCCCUCCCAGGCCUAUGGCAGGAGCACGUCAGCAGGUGCCAUGGGCUUGGAGUGGUUUCCAGACUUAUAUCCUAAUUACCAUGGGCUGAGUAUUUUUCCAGGGAAGUAUUUCCAAGAAGACGUGGGGGUCACAACAGAAACACCGUCCGGUGGUUUCUCAGGGAGGCAGCAAGGUCCCCUCUCAGAACAGCGUCUGAUGGACAUGAGGCUGGGGGAGCUUCCCAUGUGGUUGGCCACCUGUGACUUUUCUCCUCAGGGGCUGCUUGGAGGAGUGCAGAAAGCCUGGAGCAGCUAUUACAACAAGUACAUCAACGUGAAGAGAGGUGGACCAGCAGGGAUCUCCAUGCUGCUGGCUGGAUACUGCCUCCUCAGCUAUGGCUGGAACUACCAGCACAUCAAGGGCCAUCGCUGGCAGAAGUACCACUGAGGAGGCUGGAACAGAAGAUUGGCUUGGGAGCCAGCAGAAGUACUCAGAACCAGUGUCCACAUAGGAGCUCAAACCAGCAGAAGCCCAUUUAUCACCAGAGACAGAUUUUUAGUCGUUGAGGAGGCUGCUUUUCAGUGACCCUGCUGCAGACAGAAGUGACAGUGCUAGCCUGUGGUCACUGCGCUGUGGUUCAGGCAGCGUUUAGUGCUGAGAGCGUUAGAGCUGCCCCUUGGGGGGCUGUGUGCAGUGGAACUCCUGUAGCCCACAGAAGCCCAGAUAGCUCACUUUGGAACACCAGACACAGGACAACAUGACCUAAGAUGAAUAGCCUAAUUGAUGUGUAAUUGGAGUGUUUGGCAGCAGAUGGGUUGCGACAGAGUGGGCUUCAGCCAGAACCACCCCAUCAAGUUGGCAGAGUUGUGCCCAUCUUCUACUUACCCCACUCCACAGCAAGAUGGAUGGUGUUUGCAGGGUGGCCCCUGCAGGACCCUUCCACUGAGAGCCCCCAGGUCCUGUCAGCACAGCACUGGUGGGACUGGCCAGGCUCUGAGGCAGCACCUUGGUGAAGGCACUAAAGCAGCAGCAGCGCUCAGACCGCAGCGCCCUAGUUCUGGAGAAGGAAAAUCCAUUGGAUUAGCUGCUGUGCCCAAAGGGCAAACCAAUGGAACAGCAGACAAAUGAGGACAGUUAGGAGAGAGCUAGUUGGAGCCUGCCAUCAGCAGACAUGUCUGGAAAAGGGUUGGUCAUGUUACAGGCAUGAAGGGUGAAAUAACGUGCCAAGAAAAAACCCCAACUUGAACCCUUUAUUGAAAACAAUUCUGUGUCAGAGGUGCUUCACCCAAAUCUCCUCUCAGCAGCAAUAA